AUGAAGUUCUUCUCUAUUUUUUGCAUUAUCUACUGUUACAUCAUUAGUCAAACACACAUUGAUGCGCGUGCAACAGGGCUAAGUAAAAGCUACUGGCCACUUUCAACCAAUGGUGACUACCAGGAUGAUGUGCUCCAUCAAAAAUUCGAAUCCAAACGACAAGCUGGUUGGGGCAAACGUCGUGAUUUAAUGACAGAUUAUGACGAUACCGAUUUCCCACCAUACCAUCCGUUUGCUUCACUUCGCCAUUCUGCACGCACUUGGUUUGACUAUGAAUAG